AUGGCGUCCUUCCUCCUCACCCUCUUAGCAACCUCAGCCUACGCGGCCCCAGCAGCAAGUUCCCAACCGCCAGCGAUCCUGCUCACAUACAACUACGGCGGCUACCCCCGAAUCCAAGCAGACAUCGCCUGGGGAACACCUGCGCAGAAGACCGUUCCUACAAUCUUCGACACCGGCUCUUCGGGUUCUGGGUAUACGUAUCACUACACCGUCGGACCGUGCAACAAGACCGUGACGAACUUCUACAAUUGGUCGGUCUCGAAGACGCAUUCGAAGCUGGACACGAAGAAGGGCUACAGCUUUUCGUAUGGCGGCAAUGGCAAGAUCGUCCAAGCUCCUUCAUCGAUAAACGAUUCUUUCAGCUUCGCCAACACGAAGUGGCCAGCGCUGCUUAACAAUGAAGUCGCCUUGUCAAACUGGACCGUCGUAACACAACUUGACGAUGGUUGCCAAGUUCCCGAAUCGACUUUCGACCAUAGUAUCCUCGGUCUGGCCCCAAUCUGCCCGGUGACUUCUGGGCCAUCGUUUCGUGCGAAUCUGUUGAGUCAGGGGAAGACGAAAUCGUCGUCGUUUAGUAUGUGGUUCGACAGGGUGCCCAAGUCCGUGAAAAGCUCGUACCAAAGGACCGCGAUUUUUGGUGCGGUUCCAUCGAAGUCGAAGUACACCGGUGAGCUGGUUCGUUUGAAGCAGAAUCCGCCGCAGGGCGCGUUCGUGGGAUACUACGUCUCCACGCCGAAACUGACCGCGACAUCGAUUACGAAGCCUGGCAAGGGGCAGAAUAUCGGUCUGAGCGACAAGUCCGUCAAGCAAUGUCUCCUCGACUCCGGGACUGGACAGGAUCGACUGCCGUUCAGCCAAGAAGAGGCUCUGGGCGUGACGGGUCUCAUCAAGUACGACAAAGACGCCGCUUUCCUCGCGUGGAACGGGUCUUGCGAUUCUAUCCCUCCGACAGCGACGCUCAACUAUACAUUCGCUGGUGCCACUGCUGGGAAGAGCGUAACGGUUGCCGUACCGAUAAGGAGCUACGCACGUGGCGAAUUUGACGAGAUCCCUGGUGUGGACACGAGCAAGAUCUGUGGGCUGAGUUUAUCGUUGGAUGAGUAUGGCGACUGCACCUUUGGUGCGCCGUUCUUCACCGCGGCUUUUGCCGUCUUCAACGAUGAGAAGAAGCAGGUCACUCUUGCGCAAGGUGGUGUCUCGACUGGUGCUGCGGAUGGACCUAGUGGACUUGGACCGAUCACUGCCAUAGAAGCUGGGCAGGAUGUUUCUGGUUCAGUGUAA